AUGAAACUCCGACGUUCCCUCGACUGCUCCCCCCGGUCGCGAGUCUUCCUCUACCUCUGCCUAGCAGCAGUCCUCCUCCUCCUCCUCUUCUACCAAUUAAUCCUCGACCAUGAAGUGAUCAACCUGGAUGGCUGGUCCAUCUCGGGUAUUUUAGAGGCCGACGACAAGGAUCGCUUUGUCCCCGAUCCCAUCCCAGAGAAGGAAUUGGUCUUUGCCGCUAUGUCGACUAGUAAUAUGUCGUGGGUUGAGGAGAGUUUACCGGAUUGGAGGGCGAAUAUCUAUCGCGCGGAUAGCAAGAGCGGAUUGACUGUUCCUAUGAAUAAAGGAAAUGAGGCUAUGGUGUAUCUCACAUACAUCAUCGACCGAUACUGGACCCUCCCCAAAACAUCCGUCUUCCUCCACGGCGGCCGAUACCAAUGGCACGUUGACAACCCGCUCUACGACUCGGUCAUCUCAAUCGCACACCUGAACCACGCCUUCGUCCAAGAAGCCGGGUAUGUCAAUCUACGCUGUACAUGGAUGGUCGGAUGUCCCAGUGAACUCGAGCCUGCACGCUAUCUGCGCGAAAGACCCGACGAUCAUGGCCAUCCCACGGCGAUGGAGUAUCCUGAUCGGUUUAUGGAGUUGUUUCCGCGUGCGGAGGUGCCGGAAGUUGUGGGCACGCCGUGUUGCAGUCAGUUUGCCUUGAGUAAAGCGAAGAUCCAUGAGCGGAGCUUGGAGGAUUAUGUUCGUUUGCAGCGGUGGGUUAUGGAGACUGAUUUAGAUUCGGGCACGAGUGGGAGGAUUUUGGAGUAUUCGUGGCAUAUGAUCUUUGGCAAACCCGCGCAGUAUUGUCUGGAUCAGAAAGAGUGUUAUUGUCGUACUUAUGGAUAUUGUAAUAUGACCGACGAGGAAAUGCAGAAUCAGUGGGUUUGGCGUGGCCUGGUGCUACCGCAGGGAUGGCCUGAGACUGAUGUAUAG